AUGAACCAUCCAGCGCCAGUGGAGAUCUGCUACGACAACAUGCGUUUCCUGAUAACUCACAAUCCCACCAUCGCUAUGCUGCCAAAGUUCACAGAGGAACUGAAGAGCUACGGAGUAACAACCUUGGUCAGAGUUUGCGAUGCCACCUACGAUAAAGCUCUAGUGGAAAACUGUGGCAUCCGCGUUCUAGACCUGCCCUACACAGACGGAGCCCCACCCCCUGAUGACUUAGUGGAUGAUUGGCUGAACCUGUUAAAAACCAAAUUUCGUGAGGAGCCAGGUUCCUGUGUGGCCGUGCACUGUGUGGCAGGGCUAGGAAGGGCUCCCGUGCUGGUGGCACUCGCUUUGAUAGAAUGUGGAAUGAAGAAUGACGAAGCAGUUCAAUUUAUCCGACAAAAACGAAGGGGCGCAUUCAACACCAAACAGCUGCUUUUCUUGGGGCAGUACCAACCCAAGACACGGAACAGGUCACGGUCGCGCUUCAAGGAUUCCACGGUGCACUGCUGCAUUCAGUAG